GAGUGCGGUGGGGAGGUGAGUAGAACAGUGAAGGCAAAGGUUGGCGAGGGACUGGGCGUUUGUCAACGUGAUCGCUGUAAGUGGUUGUCACUGUCAUUGGAAGUGUUGGGGAAGGUCUUCGGCUGAAGUCGUCGAUGGUUAAACUGUGGGUGAUCGUGCCGGUUUAGAAUAAAAAAUUGAAGAUAAGUUUGACAAACCUCCUGUCUCAUCUAAUGGAAUUUUCAUAUAAAGCUGAAAGUCAGUGGACCCAAAAGCCUCUGGAACAUGGAAUAACACCUUUUGCCUUUCCGAAGGCAAAGUUAGCUUUAUGGGAUCCAACGCCGCUUGGUGAUGCAGUUAGCCUACAACUUGCAUACUAUAGAAACCCAAAGCUGCGUGUGUUAGAGAAAACCUUGCGGCUGGUCCAUCGCCACGCCAAACAGAGUGAAAACAAAGUUUUCUUCUGUUUCCUGCUUGGCUCAGUAGUAGUCGAUGAUGAUGAGGAAGGUGUUACACUAACUAUAGAUCGCUUUGAUCCUGGACGUGAGGUUGCAGGACAUUCUGACAAGAUUCCCACAGCUCUUCUUCCUGGUGAUUUCCUCAUUCCAUGCACAGUUGAUACUCAAGGACCUGUUUCUAGAGACAUCAAUGUCUAUACAUCUGAGGAUUUCAGUGCUGCAUUUAAGAUGCUACAUUACUACUGUAGUGGCAAGGAAUCAAUUGACUCUUCUAGACUUCUUACAAUGAGAGGACGCAUUACAUGCAUUGAGAAAUUGGAUAACCUAACCCUGGAACUUCGCUGGGCAGCUGUUACUAUAUCAAUAAUCUUUGAUGCCACUCCAAUCAAUGCAAUUCCCAUAAUCCCUACAGCUUUGGCAAGAAACUUAACCAGCCCAAUUAAUAUUGCUCAGAUUCAGGGAACGUACAAAUUUGGAUACCUUACGAUGGAUCAGACACGCAAGCUUUUAUUGAUACUUGAAUCUGAUCCAAAAGUGCUGACUUUGCCUCUUGUAGGAAUUUGGUUGAGUGGUGCUACUCAUGUACAUAGUCCCCAAGUUUGGGCCUGCUGCUUGAGGUAUCUUUUCAGUUCUUCUAUUCAUGAGAGAAUUUUCACAAACGAGCAGAGAAGUUUCCUUCUAGUUCUGUACUCGCUUACACACAGGCAGCCAGAAUUCUAUGAAUGCCAUCCUUGUGGUGAGCAUCAAAAAUUGGAUUUCCAACUGCUUACCAGUACUGAAGUAUUAAAUGUUUGUACAAGCUCUGAGUCUUCAGGAAAACGGCCAAUUGAGUUUGAGCUCAGUGAUGGAAAUAAAAGUCCAGAGAAUGAUUUCUUUAAGGAGGUGGUUAACGACGUCAUGGGGACCUCAAUUCAUUGUGGAUUAGUUUCAAACAAGGUAGCUAUUGGAGACAAUGACUCUGGUGUGGAGGAAGAGGACCUUUCUCCAAGGCCUACACCAAGUCCACAUCCAGUUGGACAAAAGUUUCCAAGAAUUUAUCCUUCUGUACCUGAGCUAUCACUUGUAUUUGAUGGAAGUUUUGUAGACUCAAAAAAUGCUCCAACAAGACUACAACAAAAUAAGUCUUCCCUAAUAAAGUCACAACAGACAGAGAGAACCUAUGACACAUCUGGGACCUAUAACUCAACCAAACAAUAUUCUGAAAAUGGACAGCCUGGACUGACAUCCCAAGAUAUAUCUCCUACUUUAAAACAAAAUGUGACUCCUUCACAUGAACCUGCAUCAUCGGUUAAGUCUUAUAAAGGAAAAACGGCACUGAAGCCUCGGAAAGGGAGUCAUUUUGUGAGGGAGACUUCUGGGUCGUCAUCAUCAUCAUCUUCUUCCUCUACUCCACCAAAUGGGCCUUCACCUGAUACUUCCAUAGACCAGCCUAAGAUGGGGAUUCCCACUGAAGUAGUUGGUUCAAGAAAAAACGUUGUUUUGGGUAAAGGAGGUUCUCCUAGAGGCCAGCAAUCCAUCUCCAACUCAAAACAGCCACAAGGACUAACAUCUCCCAACAAAUCGAGCAGGCACUCACAUCCGCACACUCCUAACUUUCCACCUCCUUCAUCUGAAAUGCAAUUACUGGGACAUCCAGCACACUUUCACACAAUGUAUCCAUCUAUAUAUUGUAACUGUUGCCAGUAUCAUGGACGCUGCUGUGGAUCUUCACUGAAUACUAAUUGGCAAGGAAAUAUUCCAACAUUUGGUUCGAAAGGUGUCCACUCACCUAAUUGUCAUGAUUGCAGCACUGCAACAUGCCAGCUAACUCUGGGAUAUGUACCAAAUUCUCAUUGUAGUGGCCUGUGUUUGAACACCAGUCCACUGAAGCAGUAUUCACCUGGGCAAGGAGGAAGCACAUCACCUCCAAACAGCAGUUUGAUAAAAUCGCCUGAAGCCUCCCACACACCACCAUCAAAUUGGUGUAAUAUGUGUGUAGGACCUUCUACAGGUUUGCACGUUCCUCUGAGCAGACUGGAGCAUGACCGAGAGGAAGGUAGAACAAUGGGAUUGCACAUUGAUGCCUACAGGAUUCUCGUAGAACAGGAUAAACAACUAAAACUCCUGCAGGCUCAGAUACAACAGCUAUUGAACACGCAGCAUUGUGGAGCGUCAACCCCUAUGACCCAUUGCCCUUCAAAAAGUGUUGACCCUGCACUGCAGCCAGAAAGAAAGGUGGGAUUUGUUGCAAUGGAAACCCAAACAUCUCCUGGAAUUCAUAUGAAGAAAAGUGUAAGCAUUGCAGUAAGCACAGGUGCCAGUUUGUUCUGGUGUCCACCCGAGAAGCAAGACACGCACCAGUCGCUUUCCAGUCUCAAGUUAAAUGACUCCGAAUCAUCCAAUGAAGAAAUGACUGCCUCUAUUACAACCAAGGAUACCAGUCACACCAGUAUUGCCUCCUCACUGAAUGAGGUGGACAUUCACAACUUUGUGGAGGACAGUCAGGUUGCAGCAAAUACUGAUCAAGCUACAGAUGUUCAGAACUGUGCAACUGGGUGUACAAAAAACUGCUGGGAUCAACAUAUAAGUUUUCAGAGCCCAGUGCUUGGGGAGAGUGCAAGUAUGCAUUUGAAAACUAAUGAAUCUGAUGUAUCAUGUAACAUUGGUAAUAAAGAAAUUGAAGAGCAUACCACAGAAUCACAAAAUGAGCAGAAAUUUUACCAGAAUUUAAUGGGCCAGGUGAACCAACUCAUAGAAUCCUGUAAUUCAAAAGAAAGCCAGGAAGCACUAAACAAAGAUGCCAGAUUAGAAUCUUCUCCACAGAAUAUCGACAGAAGGAGCAAGCACCUCGACCUCCAGAACUGUCAGACGGGUGAAAAUGAUGUGUUUAACGCUACCCUGAAACAGCUGAAGAAAAUGGGAGUGAAAAUCGAUCUUGAAUCUUCCAAUGUGAUCAAGACCAAAAGCAAAGUUGAAAAUGCAAGCACAUUGGCUCGCAUAAACCCGGAAGCAGUUAUUCCAAGGCUGAACUACAUGUCAUUUGUCAACGUUGGCACAAGUGGAUUUGGAACUAGUGGAGUUGACCUUAGCAUGGAGGCCAAUGCUAUAGCUCUCAAGUACCUGAAUGAUGCUCAGCUCUCCCAGAUGUCCCUCAGCAGGCUUAAUAGUAAUGGUGAAUCCACAUCCCUAAAUGGUCUCCUAGAAUUAAACACAGAUAGAAGCAUGGUAGGUCUGAGCUUGAUUUCUCCCAGUAAUAUGUCAUUUGCCACACGCAAAUACAUGAAGAGAUAUGGACUGGUGGAGGAUUACCAGAGCAGUGAUGAUGAAGAAUUGCUAGACACCACCGUUCAAGCCACAAAAGCUGAUUCAGAAGGUCUUUCCUUUGGAAAAGCAAGGAAUGAAAAAGUGGUUGAAAGACAAGUGAAGAUUAAAAACUACUGUACCUCUGAGUCUCCCUCCAAGAUGGAUGAGAAUAUUUUAAGAAACAUUACUAAUGAAGUUGCUUCCUCAGUACCACAGAAUAUGAAUACCCGGGGUCAAGAUGCUCAGCAGAUUCUUAAGAAUUCAAAACCCAAAAUUAAGCUGGUCACUGGAGAAAUUGGUAACAAUAAACACUCUGACAAAGAAAAUGAAAUUCAAGACUUUUCUAAAAAAUUAAUACCAAAUGCUCCCGAAAAGAAAAAACUAACAGAAAGCAGUGAUGCAGUAGGUAACAUUCUGGAUGUAAAUAGGCUCCGUCAGCUACCCAAACUGUUUUAACUAUCAGGAUGAUUCACAAGAUCUAGAAGCAUGGAUAAUAUUUGAAGUAUGUAUAAAUCAGCUAUUUUGUAAGCAGUGUCAUAUUUUGCAUCAAUUCAAGACAAAUGUAAAGUAUUACCGUGUGGAAUCAAUUUAAAUAAUCACCACUUGGUUCAAGACUGCAGCAGAUUAUCAAUUGUCUUAACUACAAGACAAAGUUCUUGGUGAAUUCAGCAACAGCUGUAUAGAAAAUUUACAAUGAAUUAUGCAUUUUUCCUCAUUGGCAAAGUGUGAUACGACUGUCUUGGAAUUACAAUUAAAUGAUAACUGUAGAAACAUGUAUGUUUAGCUUGGCUCUGGCCUUCAAGCAAUCAGCUACAGCAAUCCAAAGACUGGUAGCUCAUAUUUAGAAUCAAGCUCAUUUGCUUGGUCUAUGCUGUUAAUCACACAAUCCUAAUGGCCCACCUAUGUUCACAUUGAUAUUUAUCAUCUUGUCAUCUAUUGGAAAGAUAGAGGUUUGUCCUUUUUGAGCUGAAUGUUUCCAAAAUUCAAUGAAAAUUAGUACAUUUUCACUUGUUGCUCAUUUUGUCAGAUGAGUGCUUUUAACAAUUAUUUUUCAAACAUUUAUAAUCUGGAACUUCCAAUGUAGUAUGAAGUAUCAAAGUGCAUUCUAAUAUUCAAAUAAUAUUCAGUGAGGGGAAGGAUUUCAUCAGUUGUUGGGUGGGCUACGGGCAGAUGAAAAUUCAUUUUGAGCAUGGGAUGGGGAAAGUGUAGGAAAAUCAUAGCAAGCUUAUAAAAAUAGUAUUGGUGCAAUGGGGAAGUUUGCGCUUGCUUCACUAUCCAAUCUCCUAAGAAAUAGCAUUUGUGUUUUCCUCUACUACUACUUUUUGGAUUUGUAAUUUUUCACUGAAGUCUUGAAGAUAAAGUUUACAGAAAUUUUGAGUAUAUCGAUUUAUUUUUUUCUUUACAUUUACUGUGCGAGGUGUUUACCAGUGUUUCCUUUUGAGAUGUGAUCUUGUUUUUGUCGUCUUCCCAUUAAUGCCAUUUAAUCUUUGACUUUUGCACAGUUUUUUUUGUUGUAAUUAUUCAAUCACUGGAUUUUUGGACAGUUUAUAAAUAAAACACUAGCACAAUUUCUACAU